AUGGGAAAACCUGUGGCCAAGCGGACAGUGAUUGCCUAUGCCCGAUCUAAAGCGCCCAAGCUGCAGACUGACAGUGACAGCAAGCUGUCCUUCCGAGAGACCAAGCGCCGCAGCAUCAUUUCGGGCCUGAGAAUGCUCAAGGUGAUCGCUUCGCUGGUGUGCGCUUUGUUUGCGCUCCCUUCGCUCCAAUGGGGGCCCGAGCAUGAGUUGGACCACCUCGAGCUGUUUGCUGGCCAGUGCGCUGUCACCCGUGGAGAGUUUGAGGAGGGUCGCACCAACAGCGUGGCUAUGGACUACGACCAUGAUCCGAAGACAAUGGAUUUGCUGAGUGACCAGGGCUUUUUGUCAGCCCUUUACCAUGCAACGUGUGUUCGCCCUGGAGGUAAAGAAGAGAUUUCCGAGCUGGCCAGCUACAAGCCCUACUUCCGUAGAAACGCUGAUGAGGUUUGGCCGUGCUAUGUCCAGACUGCGGACUGCCCACCUGAAGGACAAUCGUCGAAGGGCAGUGAACCUGAUCAAGGUCUGGAUGGGCAGAUUUGUCCUGAAGCAAAGCUGCAAAGGUCCAAAAAGAAUCAAAAAGCUGAUUCAAAGACGAAGGCAAAGUCAGCAAAAGAAGUCAUGAAGACAGCAAAGAAAGACAAAAAAAGGAGCAAUGCUGAGAAGACUAAGAAGACCAAAGAGAACAAGAUCGUUGACAAGAAGAAGUCAGUUGGACAAGGAAUCUCAAAGAAACGAAAACCUGACUCCAAGCCUCAAGAGUUGAAAGCUGCAGAAGUUACUCCUCCGGCCCGUCGUGUUUCCUUCAAGUCUCCGCCAAGUGCUGAAACGCGGGAAGAGGGGCCUACCACCCCACCAUGUCGACCACCUCUCAUCGCUAGUGACCAGGAGUCAGGCUUUUCAUCACCAGCCUUUUCCAUCGAGACACUAUCCGCCUGGAAAGGGGAAGCCGCAAAGAGGGGGCUUUCCUUGGAAAGCUACAUGGAAGAGCUGUCAGCAGCUGCUCUUGAGGCAACCCUUGAAGAGCACAUGGGAAAGUUGGUGGUGGAGUCGCAGGAGACCAAGAAACCUGAGGGUGCCCCUGCCCAGCCCGAGACAGCAUCGGUGACCCCUGCAAGAGCAUGCAAAAAUGAUGAUAAUGAUGACAGUGAUUCUUCCGAGGAUUCCAGCAGUGAAUCCAGCAUGGAUUCAUCGGAAGGGUCAGGAGGAAAAGACGCUGGGAAGGGGGAUGACACGGAGGAUGAAGAAGGCAGUGAUGCUGACAUGGAGUCGGAUAUUGACAUGGAGAAGUUUGAAAAAUCCCUGGACCAACUUGUUGGAGAUGAACCUGCGAAAGACCAGAACAAAUUCGAGAACAAGGAGAAUAAGAGGGCUGAGAAGGAGGCUGAGAAGGAGGAUGAGAAGAACACUAGCCCAAAGUCAAUUCUCAAGCAGCCUGAGGUUAAGCAGCAGGCUCUGGCCGUCACGGUUGAGGAGCAAAGGGAACGUGUUGCCGCGGAGUUUGCCCAGGCAAACAGUCUUGCAAGCCACUAUAUGAAGGACAAAACCGACCUCUUUCGAGUUUGGCUUCAACACGGAGGGGACUGGUCCAAGCGAGAGCGUGAAGGCAUGAAACCCCGGGAGAUUCUCCAACGCUAUUCGAAGGAGAAAGCUGAGAGUUUGAUGAAGAAUUUGCUGGACCGUGGACUCUGGUACUGGGACGAUGAUUUUCCAAGAGAAAGAUACUUCCUGGUUGGCAAGGGUGACAAGGUUCGCAAUGACAACUUGACCAAGGAGGCGACCGCAGUAGCCAUCAAGCAAACCCAGUGCGCUGAGGUUGCAGAGGCCUUGGCCAAUGGCCCAUUGGCUGCUGGCAUGCAUGCAGCUGCCAGGACUGCCAAUGAGAAAGGUGAGAAAGACCUAAUGGAGUGUUUGAGUCUCGAGGAUGGGAAAGCUGAAAAAGUGAAGGCAAAGAAGGAGAAGGCAGAAAAGACUGACAAGGUCAUUCCAAAGACGUUUGAUGAGCUGCUGGCCAGCAAGAUGGAUGAUGCUUUGAAAAAAGCAGCUGAAAGUCGUCGUUAUGCCAUUUCGCUUUCCUCUUUGGACUACUCGGGGGAUCUGUCCUCGAAACUCAUGGCCUUUAGCGACAAGAUGGAGAAGUGCUUCAAGUCUUUGCAGGACCUGCGGUCUCGCAAGGUUGUGGACGAGACGCAGUAUGCCAAGUUUUUGGCAGUGAUCGAUGAGAAAGUCGUGUGGUAUGAAAAAGCUGAGGCCUACUGGGCGGCAGCCAAAGCUUUGCAGAACGGCCUGAACAAGAAACCGAAAAGGGCCAAAGGAAAGAAGGCUGACAAAGACAAGAACCCUCCGGAAGACCAAGCGUCGACUGUGCUCAACGGAACGGCAAGCAUCGAUCGAGGCAACCAGGGUCCUGGCAGGGCCAACGUCAAGGAUGGGGUGCCAUCAGCGGCCUUAGAAGCCUUUGCAUCUCUGGGGUGUCAUGGACGCCAUGCUGCCAAUCAGGCCCAUGUGUGGGACUGCAAAUUUCCUCUUUGCAUAUUACCUCAUGACUCCAUGGCCACAGAUGAAGUGAAGAAACAGGUUCACACUUUGGUAGCGAAAGUGGUUGCAUGGGAUUUGUAUCCAUCUUCAUUGGGCUAUUGGAUCCGCAAAAACUAUUUUGGACGUGGGUCUUUGGAUGACCGAUUGCUGCAGCUUUCACUGGAGUUGAAAACGGAAUGUCGCCAAGAACGGAUCCGGAUCAAUUUCAAGCGCUUCACCGGUUCCAAUACUGGACUUGAUCACCCGUCGAAAUUCCCCGAAAUGGCUAGCACAUUCAAGGCGGCAUUUCUGAAGAGUGCACUUUGUUUUUUUUCAAAGAAGGCCAUCCAAAUCAGUGAAGAACAUCCUAGCGAUCCGACUUUGAAGCUCAUUGCAGUCUGCAAUUUUCACCUCUACUCAGCCUUCUACUGCAUGGACCACUGUGAUCUCAUCAUGGAACAGGCCGAAGCUGAUGAAACUGGAAAGAACCUGGAGGUGCACCUGGUUGCAUGGCAACACCUAGCGAGCUUCUUCGAAAACUUGGGGGAAUGUCUUUUUAAACUGCGCCCCAAACACCAUAAUGUGAACCACAUGGCACAAGAUGUCCCCAGGACAAGGCUGAAUCCAAGAAAGGUUCAAGCCUGUUUCAAUGACGAAAGUUUUUUGGGGUAUGUGAAGCGCAUCGGUGUCCGAUGCCAUCAGUCAAAUAUGAUGGAGAGGUUAUACCAGAGGUAUCUUCUCUAUCUCUCCCUUAGAUAG